GCAACACGAGACAACAAAACGUCAUUAUGGGCCCACUUCAUUAGGCCUGAUUCCUUCGUAAGUCCCAGACGAGAAACGACGAAACUUCGCAAAUAGACAUUCACCAUGAAUGAAAACUGGCUGACGAAAGCAUUUUCAUUUACUCAAGAUCGACAAAAUUCCAAGGAGUAGAACAAUGAAGUGGGCCAUGUCGAGUUUUGACAAUAAGGUCCAAAGCGUUUGCCGAACGAUUGAUCAGUGCAUUUUUCGGUCUCAUGUGACCCAAAGAUAAAUACUGUUUACUCCGGAUUCUCUCGAUCUCGGUCUCUUUCCCACCAAAAGCCUGAUUCGAGUAGAGCAAAAUAUCCCAGUUGUAAUCAUGAAAAGGGAUAAUGCGCACUCACUCAUCCUCCCUUUGAAGUCCUGUCUGCGACAUUCUCCCAAAUCUCCAUUUCACCACUCGGUACCAGUGUGAUUAGUGAAAAGCUGAACUCAUUUGACACAACAGAGGGAUAUUGCUGGAUUCUGCUCGAAAGAUCAACAAAACAAGGAAACGCCACUCCUAACACGUUUUGUCACCAAGAGCAUCCCAAGUAGUCCUAACUUAACAGUUGACCUGCCAGUAUGAAAGUGAGCAUGGAGGGUCAAUCCAAUGGCGACAAAGUGCUACUCAUCGAGACCGAGGGGGAACCAGACGCCCUUGAGGAACGCCAAUCCUUUCCCAAAGUAUCGCCAUCGACUUCUGUUCUGGUGACUUCAAAGAAGUCGAUCUACUUAGUAGUGAGUGGCAUUCUAGUAGGUUUGUGCAUAUUCAUGAUUGGCUACGAGGUCAGACAGGUGGACCAAACCUUACUCAGCCUAAGCUAUGAUGGACGGUACGUCAUGGAACAACAUGGACCGAACUUUGAUGAAUAUCUUCGAAGUCUGCAUAUCCCGCAAUAUCUAUUCGAAAUGAUCAAGUCGUCCCAAGAGCUGGUGGAAAUCCAAACCCCUUUGAAUCCCAACACGGACAAGUGGAAGAUCAAGUUUUCAAAUGAGUUUGCAGUUCACAUCUUGAACUUUCAUUUGGACCAAGCGUUUAAUGUGACGUACUACAAUGAUCACAACUAUGUAACCUAUUCCUGUUCAAUCCCCUCCAAGUUCACAUUGAAAUGUACGAGUCAGGAUAUCAAACGCGAUUGGAACAUCGACUCGACCAUGAUAUUUUCGCCUUAUGGCUACUCCAACUACAUGACCAACAUCAACAAGGCGGUGACCACUUCCAAAAUGUACCGUCGACUGAAGGCCGGAGAAACUGUGGAUCUCGAAGCAAACACGGGCAAUGUUCCUGACAAGAAUCAAGUUGAUGUGGAAUACAACAUGGAGGCCUUUGAGUAAGAAUCAGCGACCACCUAUUCCUCCCAUUCAGCCAACCAACACUCGUGCCAUUCAUGUUGGAAGCAAACCUGUGAUAAAAGCAAAUGCUCCUGUACUUACCGGUCAGUUUGGUCAUUGUGUCGUCAUCCACGUUACUUCCGGCUUCAAUCAGCAUGAAGGUUAUGAUGGACAAGAUCACCACUGGAAUUUACUCUCCGUACAUCAAACCCGUGUCCAUUUGGAGUCAUCAACUGUAAUUUGUAAAUUUUGAAAGUAAAAAAGAAUCGUGCGAUUUUUGUAAGAUUUU